CAGCGCACAAGUUCUUCCAUCGUCCACGGUCAAGAAACACAGCAUGUCACAAAAAAGACAAAGGCAAAAUUUCGUUUCUUCUCAAAUCGCAGUUGAAACUCCUUGACUCCGCAUGUAUGUUCAGCCCACAUGUGUAUACUUUCACUCUUUCUUUUUUUUAUACCUUGGUAUUGGUUGUUUUUUCCUGUAUUAUCAGAAGAACAUGGGACACAACGAGAAGCCCAAGAGAUCCCGGGGAAGUCGAGAGGCCGAUGACUCAAACAGCACUAGGAACGGAAAAAGCAGCUUGAUGCCUCUCCACCGCCACCAAGCAAGUCGAGAAGUAGCUCUAAUGGCGUGGAGUACACGCGUUUGACACCUCCGUUGCCGAGUGCUCCACACAGCACGGCGUCACAGACUACACGUCACCAACCCAGCCGCAACUCCAAGAAUUCCGACAAGACAGUCAUCUCACUUGAUGCCGAUGCUCCACCACUAGGGCACCUGGAGGACAAACUUGACGACGUGUUGCCGCACGUGCCUAUGAGCCGCGGCAUGGAGCAACUCCUAGACCAGGUGAUGGAAAACAUGGAGCAAGAUGAGCUGGCCACCAAAUCCGCACAUCCGGCCAAGUCUAGUUCGGUGGCGAAGCACACGCCCCCGACAGCGAGUGAUCCAGCUGUAAAUUCUUCAACUGUGGUAGGGAGCGAUCUCGUCGUAAAACACGCCUCCCUGGUGACAAAGCCCGCUUCUUUAACCACAUCAACAUGCACCCCCGAAGUGGAGAAAAAGCGGUCAUCGGGAGCUAUCAAUGACAAGGAUGUUGGGAUAACUGCAAAGAAAACAAGGCCGUCUGCUUGCGAUGUCUCCAGCAAAUCAACUAAUCUAGAAGGCUUUUAUUCCCCUGAGGCAAACGAGCUCCGUGUAUUAAUUGAGCAACACCAGAAUAUCCUUGCUGGAGAAAACACUCUGCUCGAGAAGCUCAAAGCCCCUCCGACUAAUAACAUCUCAACGCCAAGCCUUGUUCUCCCGCCCGGAAUAGCAGCAAAGUACAUCUCAAUAGGACUCAAAGAUAUACAAGAGGCGCUAAGGGAGCAGCCGAUCAAUGAGGAGCUAACCAUAACGAGAAUAGAGUGUGUGAUAAGUAUGUGGAAGAUCCCGUAUGCGAACGAGGUCCCACCAGACCUUGAGAAUCUGAUUCGCCACCUUGAAGUAGUGGUGGCUCGUCUUGGCGGAAAAGGUGGUCUUGCCACUUCCCACACAUCGGCACCCGCGCCGGCGCAAGUGUCAUCCCUGCUGGAGAAACUCGAUGCAGCUCAUGCGGGGGAUCACUCAAGGACUUCGCCGCCUUGAGAAGGAAGGGUCGCGCCUAGAGGGACGCCUUGCCGACCUUGCCUCCAUCUGCAACAGACAAAAGAAGUUUGCCGAAGAACAUCGGACGCUUGCCGGCAAACAUCAGCAACUUGCCGAGGAGUACAAGGCCCUCUGCGAGAAAGAAACAGAGAUGGCGGCACUGGCUGAAAAGCGCACAGGCGUCCUAGCUGACAUGAUUGCUUCUAGCUCCCGCCAUCUUGAAGCUCAUGAAGAUGUGAUCCAGAGUUCAUCACAGGUGGCCGAGUCGUACACAAGACGCCGUACGGAGGCGGCUGCCUUCCUGGCCGCCGGCGGAACGCUUCCGGAGAUCGCAAUGAUCCUAGCAUACAAAGCUCCUGAGUGAGGGAGCGGGCUAGAGAUCAUGGACUGCUCUGCAAAAGCUGCACUUAGUUCAAAUAAGUUUUAUCUUAGUUAAAUAUAAUUUGUCUUAGCUCAUCCAGAACAUAGUUUGAUUAGUCCCAGUGAACUUUUG